CUCAAGGUUUGAAAGUGUGUGCGCGCUGUCGCCUUUACAUACGGCGGCAUCGUCACCGUCUACAGUCAGUUGCUGGUGGAAGCGCGCGAGUUGAACAACUCCUCCGUGUCUCUUUUAUUUACUUAUCUCGCGUUAUCGCGGCACCGAAGCUUUUAAGUAGCAACGUUCGAUAUUAAGUUGCGUAAACAUUUCGGGCGAAUUAUGUGAUUACUCUGAGGACGUCAGUGUUUUUUCGUUUGGUUUUUUGUGUUAUUUUUUCGUUGUGGAUUACGUUCGGGCUCGGCGCCGAUGGCCUACCGCCCGUAGCGACGCCGGAAACGCGAAAAUUAGGUGAAACCCGAAAAGGGCGAAUCGGUUCUUUUUCUAUACAUAUAAGACGAUAAAACGGCUCCUUCAAGCGACACGUCGAGAAGGAAUGGUAUUAGUCAUCAUCGGCCGGCACUGUUGAGAGGUUUCCGCCGAAGAGUACCGAAACGUGGUAAACUGGCCAAUUCAAGACCGAAAACGGUACCGACGAUUAAGAUUACCGUUCAAAGUAAUCAGGUGUUUGACACGGCCCUAAGGAAGACUAGAGUGAAAGUAUCGAGUGUAGCAGUGACACUUAAACAGUGGUGGCGGGAUGUGGGGCUAUGUCCCCGGGCCUCCCGUGCCCCCAUAGCCCCCGUCGUGCCCGCCAAAAUUCGCUGCUGUCGUCGGCCCCGACUAAUGGGCCAUUCGCUCAGCAUGUGUAAGCUACAUCAGUGCCGUCAUAAAAAAAGCUUGCAUUUGCGCAAUAACGAAGAGUCUCGGAUGCCCGCUGAAGGGAUUGGAGGAGAGUCGGGAUUACACCGACUGCACCGCCAAUUUAAUUACGAUCCCGAAUAUGGACGAAUGGAAGCGUGGCUCGACGAACAUCCAGAUUUUGUGCAGGAUUACUUUUUAAGAAAGGCGACCCGUCAAGUGGUGGACGCGUGGUUGGUAUCGCACGCGACGCCGACGUCGUCCAGCGUGGAGCUGUCGUCGCCGACCCACCAUCAGUCGCGAGGCGGCUCCGGCGCGACGACCCCAGUCCGAAAAAUAUCCGCCCACGAAUUCGAGCGAGGUGGCCUUCUCAAACCCAUCAUCAGUACCAUCGACGGAACGCCGACGUUUCUCACGAGUUCCUCCGACGAUCCAAUCCAAAUUUCCGGUCACAGUCCGACGCCGGUGAGGAGGCAGCGACGGUCCCGUCACGAGCUGCGGCAGCUGGACGAAAAGGAGCUCAUUUUCGAAUUGGUCAAAGACAUUUGCAAUGAGCUCGAAAUCCGUUCCCUAUGCCAUAAAAUACUACAGAACGUCUCGACGCUUCUCCACGCGGAUCGGGGAUCGUUGUUUCUUGUACAGGGUGAGAAGGGGGGCGGUUGCACGCCCUUGCCGCCGGGUGAAACUCUCCGCGGAAGGUGUCUAGUCUCAAAAUUAUUCGAUGUAUGUUACAAAAGUACCUUAAGUGAAAUGGAGAAGAAGGAGGAGAUUCGGAUACCUUGGGGUACCGGUAUUGUAGGCUACGUGGCAGAAAGUGGAGAACCUGUCAAUAUCCCGGAUGCGUAUCAGGAUGACAGAUUCAAUCACGACAUCGAUGUGCUUACCGGUUACAAAACCCAUUCUCUUCUGUGCAUGCCGAUCAAAGACACCAACGGCGACGUCGUCGGCGUGGCGCAGGUGAUCAACAAAAUUGGAGAUACACCGUUUACUCAACAGGAUGAGCAAAUAUUCUCCAGCUACCUCCAAUUUUGCGGGAUCGGUCUGAGAAACGCGCACCUUUACGAGAAGUCGCAGCUGGAGGUGAAGAGGAACCAGGUCCUAUUAGAUUUAGCUCGGAUGAUAUUCGAGGAACAGAGCACAAUUGAACACGUUGUAUAUAGGAUACUUACGCAUACGCAAAGCUUAAUACAAUGCCAGAGGGUACAGGUACUUCUCGUUCACGAGGUGUCCAAAGGCAGUUUUUCGCGUGUAUUCGACUUCGAAGCGAGCGAUCUCAACGCGGAGGAGGGCGAAUCGAGGACGAGUCCCUUCGAAAGUCGCUUCCCUAUAAAUAUCGGAAUAACUGGUUACGUCGCGACGACGGGUGAUAUUGUAAAUAUAGCGAACGCGUACGAGGAUUCGCGCUUCGAUUCGUCGGUGGACGAAGGGACCUGCUUUAAACAUAAAGGUGUGCUAUGUAUGCCGAUUAAGAAUUCGAUGGGACAUAUUGUCGGUGUUAUUCAGCUAAUUAAUAAGUUUAACGACUUGGCGUUUACGAAGAACGAUGAGAAUUUCGUCGAGGCCUUCGCAAUUUUCUGCGGUAUGGGUAUACACAAUACGCACAUGUACGAAAGGGCGGUUGUCGCAAUCGCCAAACAGAGCGUUACCUUAGAAGUAUUAUCUUAUCAUGCGACUGCGAGUAUAGAAGAUGCUCAACGAAUAAGAGCCUUACGAGUUCCAUCGGCCGUGUACUUGGGUUUGCAUAACUUCGCAUUUGAUGAUGUACAUUUGAGUGACGACGAUACUAUUACAUCUUGUGUUAGAAUGUUCCUUGAUUUAGAUCUAGUCGAACGGUUUCAUAUGGAUUACGAAGUAUUAUGCCGUUGGUUGCUGUCCGUGAAGAAGAAUUAUCGCAAUGUCACCUAUCACAAUUGGAGGCACGCUUUUAAUGUUGCGCAGAUGAUGUUUUCAAUUCUAACCACAACUCAAUGGUGGAGUAUACUGGGAGAAAUCGAAUGUCUAGCAUUAAUGAUCGCGUGUCUUUGCCAUGAUUUGGAUCAUCGGGGGACAAACAACUCGUUCCAAAUCAAAGCAUCCUCGCCGCUGGCACAACUUUAUUCAACAUCCACCAUGGAGCAUCACCACUUCGACCAGUGCAUCAUGAUCCUAAACUCGCCAGGCAACCAACUGCUAUCUAACGUCUCGUCGGACGAGUACACGCGCGUCAUCAAAGUGCUGGAGGAGGCGAUUUUAUCCACCGACUUAGCGGUUUACUUUAGAAAGCGCGGUGCCUUUUUUAACGUCGUCGAGGAGGGACCACACUGGGGAUUGGAGGAGCAUCGCGAUCUACUUAGGGCGAUGCUGAUGACCGUUUGCGAUCUAGCAGCUAUCACGAAACCUUGGGAGGUCGAGAAACGGGUCGCCGAGCUCGUGUCGUCCGAGUUUUUCGAGCAGGGCGACAUGGAACGCGAAGAACUGAAUAUCACUCCAAUAGAUAUAAUGAAUAGAGAAAAAGAGGACCAAUUACCGUUAAUGCAAGUCGGAUUUAUAGAUUCGAUUUGCAUGCCUAUUUACGAGGCGUUUGCAGUAUUAUCGGACAAAUUAGAAAUAUUAGUGGACGGUGUGAGGAUAAACAGGGAUCACUGGCUACAGAUAGCCGAAGAGCACAAACUGUUAACUACGAAUAAUGCGAAGGACUCUAACGACAAUGUGACUGUGUCAAAGUCCGGCGGUACACCCGAUUCUAAUAAUUUUGAAAGUUUACCCCUUAAUAAUUGUCAAGAUGCCUAGUCCAAUAUAGUAGAUUUGCGUAAGUGUGUAGAUAUUUAAAAUUAUUUAUUUAAUUAAAUUUAUCAAAGACUUAAAUCUGAUUUUAGUAUGUGUAGCACAAAUUUGUAGUCAAAGGUUUGCCAGUACAGAUAAUUUAUUUAUUUGCGAUAGUUUAUAGUUAAAUAAUAUUUACUGCGGUAAGGUAAGCAAUUGACCAACUUCUUAAUCAUCUACUUACUAUAAGGUCACGUCUUCAAAAAUCCAUAGCAUUUUUCUACAUGGUAAAUUCCAGUUUUACGUUGAAAGGUAUUUUAAGGAUGCUCUCUCGAUUUUGAUUUUGUUUUUUGUUGUUGUGAUAUUUAGUUGCUCAAUUUCUUUGCGAAAUGUUCGAUUUACUUUACGAAUAUUUUGAAAGUAUUUUUCGAGUGUGUAUUGUUAACGCGGUAUUAGAAAAGCAAACUACUGUAACCAAAGUAUAGAUGUGAAACACGCACUGUAGGCAUCUUACAGUGCGCUGUCCUAGUAUGUAAAAUUAUUUUAGAGAAAAAGUGUGAUGUCUAAUUUUAGCGUUAUUUAAAAGAAGUUUUUAUUAAGUGAAAGAGAAAUAUUUUGUAAUUGUUGUACAGUUAUGUAAAAAUGACCACAUUAAUAUAUUCUUGAACAUUUUGUUCUUUUUCAGACA